CUUUCUAUAAAUAGAGUUUGAUCAAAUACAUUAUUUUAUCCACCACAUCUUUAAACUCAAAAACAACAUAGAGAAAACAUGUCAAGACUUAGCAUAUGCCUGUUUGUGUUGCUAUGUGCGUUUGCUGCGAAAUCAGCCGCUCAAUCCGCUACCAACGUAAGAGCAACUUACCAUUUCUACAACCCUGCACAAAACGGGUGGGAUCUUUACAAAGUAAGUGCAUAUUGCUCAACUUGGGAUGGGAACCAACCACUUGAGUGGCGUCAGAAGUACGGCUGGACAGCUUUCUGUGGUCCGGUUGGACCGACCGGUCGUGACUCUUGCGGUAAAUGCUUGAGGGUGACGAAUACUGGGACUCAAGCGCAAGCGACGGUGAGAAUCGUGGAUCAGUGCAGUAACGGUGGUUUAGACUUGGAUGACGCCGUUUUCAAACAGAUUGAUACAGACGGACAAGGAUACGCUCGUGGCCACUUAAUUGUCAACUACGAGUUUGUCAACUGUUGAAGAUCAUCGAAUUCAAGUUCAUCUAAUGAUCUUUCUCAUAUCAUGAUCUCCCUAUUAUUAUCUUUAACUAAUAAUGUUAAUCAAAGAAAAUAAAUGUCUCGAUCUUUCAUAAUAAAGAUAAAUAAAAUAAAGUGAUUUAAG